UCUGGGGCGGAGGAAGUUGCAAUUUAUCCGUGAUCGUCAUGAAGUUGACCAUGCGACCUUCUCCCGCUGCGUCGUCGGCGCUCCGCCGCGCACUUUCGACCAAGGCCGAUGAGCCCGUAAAGCAUCCGAGCUGGUUCCUUAAGCUCGUGAAUAACAAUGACUACAAUGUGCCCCGGUUGCCCGUGCCGCAACUCAACGACACUCUUGAAAAGUACCUCCGGUCGGUGCAGCCGCUCAUCACGCCUGAUGAGUACAAGGAACACAAGAAACUUGUUGAGGACUUUGGUUUGGGGCAAAACCGCAGCGUUGGACGCUCGUUGCAAGACGAAUUGAUCAAGCAGGAAUUUAUGAAUGCCAUGGGCCGUGCCUACCCGUACAGCUACAUCGAAGCGUGGUGGGAUGCCAUGUACUUGGGUGGACGCUACCCGAACCCGAUCAACGUCAACCCCGGGUACGGCUUGGUUAACGAACCUGCCGGAACGACGUUGGCCGAUCCGCUCACGCGCGCUUCCUCGAUUGUGGUGUCGUUGUUGAAGUGGUUUGGCAAGGUCAAGUCCGGAACCCUAGAGCAAGACCCGAAACAAUGCAUGGCGGCGUACGCGAAGCAACUGGGCACAGCCAAGAUCCCGGCCAAUUCGAUGGAUGUCCUGCAGUUCCAUCCGCGCUCGGAACACAUUGUGGUGCUGCACCGCAACGCAUUUUACAAAGUGCAGGUGUUAGACGGCAAGAAGGUGGUAUCCCAAGCGUCUCUACAAGCAUCGCUGGGCCACAUCUCGACCCAUGGCGCAUCGUCGACCGCUCCAAACAUUGCCGUGCUCACAUCCGAAGACCGUGACGUUUGGGCAAACGUCCGCACGAACCUGCGCCAGGAACCCGUGAACAAGGCAUCCCUCGAUGCGAUCGACUCGGCGCUGUUUGUGCUGGUGCUCGACGACUCUACUUACACGGACGAUUCUGCGCUGUCGGCGGCGACUCUCCACGGGAAAAAUGGCGCCAACCGCUGGUUCGACAAGCUCCAACUGAUUGCGUACCCCGACGGCCACGUUGCCGUGAACUUUGAGCACACGUUCUCGGACGGGACGAACUGGAACCGGUGGUUGCAUGAAGUUUGGCACGACAUCCACAAAACGGACUCUGGCUUUGCGCCAUUGACAGCCCCGGACGGCACGUUCGACACGCGGUCGUCUGCUCCGUCGCCCCUGGUGUUCUCGUUGAACAGUGCUGCACACGCCGCGAUUGACGCAGCCACCGCCCGCGCCACGGCCGACACAGCCAACAACGAAACACACUUGCUGCGGUACAACAAAUUUGGGAAAAACACGAUCAAGACUUGGGGCUUGAGCCCGGACGGGAUUGUCCAAAUGGCGCUUCAGCUAGCGUUCUUCAAGCAAAACAACCGCCUCCCGCCCACGUACGAGUCGUGCUCGACCCGCGGCUUCUUCCACGGACGCACGGAAACGAUCCGUUCCGCGACGUCGGAAGCGCUCCGAUUCGUGUCCUCCGUCACGACCGGCGCUCCACUGUCGUCGCAGCGCGAGUUCCUCGUCAAGGCCGUGGACCGCCACGUCGCGAACGCCAAAGAAGCGCAAAAGGGCCUUGGAGUCGACCGCCACCUGACCAUGCUCAACCAUGUCGCGACGACGUCGGGAAUUUCGCACGACUUUUUGAAGUCGACCAUUCGCCGCAACGCGACCAACUUUCAGCUGUCGACGAGCAACGUCACGAUGCCGUUCCUUGACUACUUCUGCUUUGGUGCUGUCGUUCCGACAGGCUACGGGGUCGGCUACCUCAUUCAGAACGACCACCUCCCAAUCAACAUUACAAGCUUUGUCGACUGCCCCACCACGUCCAGCCCCAAGUUUGCCGAAGCCGUCAAGGACGCGCUCGACACAGUCCACGCGAUCGGUCAGUCGCCAAAGUAAUAUCGCAUGCAUCAUUGCUUGGGCCAUCUUGAUCAAUCAAAUGAAUGCAUGUGUCGAUGUUGCCUCUAGCUUUGAU